AUGGUUUCGUUCAAGUCCUUCCUCUGCGCCUUGAUGGCUGCUACUACGGUGCUGGCCGCCCCCUUCGACUUCCUUACCGAGGAGGUUGACGACGGAAACUCGACUCUCCUCUCCAAGCGUGCAGGUACUCCCAGCGCUGAGGGCACUCACAAUGGAUACUUCUACUCUUGGUGGACUGAUGGCGGCGGCAAUGCCCAAUUCACUCUUGGUGAGGGUUCUCGUUACUCUGUUCAGUGGCAGAACACUGGCAACUUUGUUGGUGGAAAGGGCUGGAACCCUGGUACUGGCCGCUUCAACCCUUCUGGCAACGGCUAUCUUGCUGUCUACGGAUGGACACGCAACCCGCUCGUCGAGUACUAUGUCAUUGAGUCGUUUGGCACGUAUGACCCCAGCAGCGGUGCUCAGUACAAGGGUAGUUUCUCCACCGAUGGCGGCAACUACAAUGUCUACGUCUCUACUCGCACCGUACACAUAAGAGACAUGCUAAUUGUACCUUCACCUUUANNGAACCAGCCCUCCAUCGACGGUACUCGCACCUUCCAGCAAUACUGGUCUGUUCGCCAGGGCAAGCGUGUCGGUGGCGCCGUCACUAUGCAGAAUCACUUCAAUGCCUGGGCCAGAUUCGGUCUCAACCUUGGUCAACACUAUUACCAAAUCGUCGCUACCGAGGGUUACCAGAGCAGCGGUAGCUCUGACAUCUACGUCCAGACCAAGUAG